AUGAUGUCUAAAAUAGUUGGUUGGCAAUUUAAUUGUGCUAGUACAACUUGUUUACCAUUUUCUACUCUUACUGUGUCGGACAUUUUCAAAUGCGAACUAGCUUGUUUAGCUCAAAUUCAAUGUGAAGCAAUUAGUUUUCAUCAAUCAACUACUAAGUGUGAAUUAUUUGCCAACAUACCGAAUCAAAAUGGGAAUAUGUUGGCCAAUAUUGAUGUUGUGACUAUGAUUGUUAUAGAUCAGACAAGGUUUCCAGCAGAACCGGUAGCAUCAUCAUCUAUAUUAUCAUCAACAUCAGCAAUAUUAACAACAAACGACGCAACAUCACCAUCCACCUCAUUAUUACCAUCAACAAAAAUCAACACCACGUUAGCAUCAGCAACUAUCAACACAACGUCAGUAUCAACAACAAUUAAUACUACGUCAAUGUCAACAACCAUCAACACAACAUCAUUACCGACAACAGUUGGUGAGUGA